CGGACGGGUGGCCCUGGGGGCCCGGGGGCGGGGAGGCGGGAGGCGGGCGCCGCCCCGGCUGACAAAAGUCCCUUCAGUUCAGUCAGCAGCAGGGGAAGUCCCGCAGCCUGGCGAGACCGCCUUCCCGUGCCUGCCGAGCUUGCCGCUCGCCCCGGCGUCUCCGGGCGGCCCGAUGCCCCGAUGCCCCGCGGGGGCCAUGGACGAGGGGCCCGUGGACCUGCGCACCCGGCCCAAGGGCGCCCUGGGCGCCGCGCUGCCACUCCGCAAACGCCCGCUGCGCCCAGCGUCCCCGGAGCCUGCAGCCCCGCGCGCCCCCGCAGGACCCCUGGACCCCCUGCGCAGCAGCUGCGACGUCCCAGCUGUCCCUGGGCCCCCCCACGGCGUGGCCAGGCCGGAGGCGAUUUACUACCAGGGACCUUUGAUGCCCAUUUACCCUACCCCGACGGUGGGACCCCCCUUUCCGCUGCUGAACCUGCCUACACACCUCUACUCCAGGAUGUACCCCAUGGAACACCCCCUUUCAGCUGACAUUGCCCUGGCCACCCACGCAGAUGAGGAUGGAGACACGCCUCUCCACAUUGCUGUGGUCCAGAACAACAAGGCAGUUGCCCUCCGGUUAAUCAUCCUCUUCCAGCAGGGAGGCCGGGAAUUAGAUGUCCACAACAACCUGCGGCAGACUCCACUCCACCUGGCUGUGAUCACCGCAUUACCGGAUAUGGUCCGGCUCCUGGUGACCGCUGGUGCCAGCCCCAUGGCCCUGGACCGCCAUGGCCAGACCGCAGCCCACCUGGCGUGUGAGCACCGCAGCCCUAGCUGCCUGCAGGCCCUGCUGGACAAUGCAGCCCCGGGCUCCGUGGACCUGGAGGCUCGCAAUUACGAAGGGCUCACGGCCCUGCACGUGGCCGUGAACACCGGGUGCCAGGAGGCCGUUCUGCUGCUCCUGGAGCGAGGCGCUGACAUCGAUGCAGUGGACAUCAAGAGCGGCCGCUCCCCACUCAUCCACGCGGUAGAGAACAACAGUCUGAGCAUGGUGCAGCUGUUGCUGUUGCGUGGCGCCAACGUGAACGCUCAGAUGUACUCGGGCAGCUCCGCUCUGCAUUCGGCCUCUGGCCGCGGGCUCUUGCCUCUGGUGCGCACGCUGGUGCGCAGCGGGGCUGACAGCGGCCUCAAGAACUGUCACAAUGACACGCCCCUCAUGGUGGCGCGCAGCCGCAGGGUCAUUGAUAUCCUAAGGGGAAAGGCCUCUCGGACCUCUUCAGGGUCACAGCCCGACCCAUCCCCAGACCAAAGUGCCACCACUUCUCCUGAGAGCAGCAGCCGUGUGAGCUCCAAUGGUUUGCAGUCCUCACCAAGCUCCUCACCCUCAGUGUCUCCCCCGAAGGAUCCUCCUGGCUUCCCAGUGACCCCCCAAAACUUCUUCCUCCCGACUGCAUCUCCACCUGCCUUCCUGCCCUUUCCAGGGGUCCUCCGGAGCCCUGGCCAGCCGGUACCCCCUUCCCCAGCUCCAGGAGGCAGCUGAGACGGAUGGGGGGGCAGACCCGGACUCGUGAGGAGGGGCGUCCCUGCCCUGUGGGGGCCUCUCUUCUGGAACCUGUGAGGACUUGUUCUGCUUCCCCCCAAUCUCCAGAACCAGGUUUUGCACCAGGCACACGCACCUACUACUGAGCACAGAUGGCCCUGAUCUCACCCCUUGCCCAGGACUAGUAGCUCCCCAUUCAAUUCUCAGGCACCAAGUACCCUGUCUGGAAUCCACUAGCUGAUUGAUUCUUUGUUCCAUCCCAGAAGUGGAGGAACUGAAAGACAACCCCUCCCCUGCCAUCCUCCACCCCGAGGAACCAGGAGGAGCAGAGGGGUCUGGCAGCACUGAUCACGAUGUAAAUUAUUAGGUUUGGGUCAGAUUUCUUUUGUAAUAAACUAUUUUUGUACCAUA